UCCGUCGCACACGCACACAUUUAUACCUGCCAGAAAAUAGUGUCGGUGUGCGUCCGUGUGUGCUCCAAUAUUUGUACUUUACAAACUUUCUCAGCCGCAGCAGCAGCAGCAGUUGCGCGUGGGUGGGGAGUUAUACGGCAGAUGAUGUGUUUUGGAGUCCGACACGCAACGACACUUGUAUAAUACGGCUCUCGCUUGUUAUUUAAAUCUCCUGAUUUUCGCGUUUUAAUGUCGUAACUGGAGUGCAAAGACCCUACAGAGAUAAUCAUGGAGGGCUCGACGGACAAGACGAGCGCACCGGUGCCGCAAAAAGCUGAAGAUAACCAUGAAAAGCAAGGAGGAAAGAGCAAGAGUGCUAAAAAGAGAGAAAAGAAGAAAGCCCAGAACUCUGUUCAAAGUAAUGAAGUCAACAAUACUAGUGAUGGAGGCAUCACAAAUCCACUAUUACAAUCUCAAUUAUCUAAUAAUUUAGGUGACAUUUCAAUAAAGGAUUUGCAAAUGGCUGUCCAUGCCUUAAGUGAAAAAAAGGAGCAGAAGUCUUAUGAAUUUUGGAAUACUCAACCAGUACCUAAGUUGGAUGAAAAAAUUGAAACUAAUGAAGCGAUUGAGCCUGAUAAGGAGUCAGUUAGAGCUGAACCAUAUUCUUUACCAGAAGGAUUCCACUGGGAUACAUUGAGUUUAGAUGACCCUGCUGUACUUUCUGAAUUGUACAAUUUAUUAUCAGAGAACUAUGUAGAAGAUGAUGAUGCUAUGUUCAGAUUUGAUUAUCAGCCUGGAUUUUUGAAAUGGGCAUUGCAACCCCCUGGAUGGCAAAAAGAAUGGCAUUGUGGAGUGCGUGUUACUAAAAGCAAUCGCCUAGUUGGCUUCAUUUCUGCUAUCCCAGUAACUUUGAGAGUUUAUGAUAAAACUCCAAAAAUGGUAGAAAUUAAUUUCCUGUGUGUACACAAGAAAUUGCGUUCAAAACGCGUUGCGCCAGUACUCAUUCGUGAAAUCACCCGACGUGUCAAUUUACUGGGUACAUUUCAGGCAGUGUACACUGCAGGUGUUGUGCUUCCUAAACCAGUUGCGACUUGCAGAUACUGGCAUCGAUCGCUCAACCCAAAAAAGCUCAUUGACAUUAAAUUCUCGCAUUUAUCUCGCAACAUGACAAUGCAGAGAACACUGAAACUUUUCAAGUUGCCUGAAACAACUAAAACGCCUGGCUUCAGAAAAUUAGUGCCUGCUGAUAUUCCUCACUGCCAUAAACUUUUGAACGAAUAUCUGAGUAAAUUUAAUAUGGCGCCUGUUUUCUCGGAAGACGAAUUCCGGCAUUGGUUUUCACCGCAAACCGGCAUAGUCGAUUGCUUCGUUGUAGAGAAUCCCGAGACUAAGAAAAUAACUGACAUGAUCAGUUACUAUACACUGCCAAGCUCCGUAAUGCAUCACGCUACACACAAAACUCUGCGCGCUGCGUACAGUUUCUAUAACGUUUCGACGAAAACACCCUGGUUAGAAUUGAUGCAGGACGCCCUUAUAUCUGCGCGAAACCUUCAAUUCGAUGUUUUCAACGCGCUCGAUCUCAUGGACAACAAACAAUUCCUCGAGACGUUAAAAUUCGGCAUCGGCGACGGCAAUCUUCAAUACUACCUGUACAAUUGGCGAUGCCCCACCAUGCAACCAAACCAAAUUGGUCUCGUACUGCAAUAAGUGGCUCGUUACGGCGUUGAGACGGACGAAAUUGGAGUAGCGUGGCGCAAUAAUUUAUACAUCGGUAUACCGAGACAUCAGGUGUUACGAGUUCACGUUGAAAAUAUUAUAUAUUAUAUAGGUACGGUCAGUAAUAUUUAUAAUUAAUAAAAGACGCUAAACCCUCCAUGGAUAAGAGAACAAUUAAAAGCUGUUAACAUAUUGUUGCUAAGUUUGUUGUACCGCUGAUUACUGAUAGCGCUGCUGUAUAUGAUUGUCUCGUAUCGUGAGAAAACUACGUUGCAGAGAUGGACGAAAGAAAAAGCAAAAAAAGAUGAAAAAUAACAUUUUUAGAUGCAAGUUUUUUUUUUAUGCAUAUACGUAGUAUAGCAGAGUGAUAACAAGGUUGGUUUGUUUACAACCAAGUGAUGAUAAGGGCGAUCUUUUUGUGAAUCGAAAAAUCGUUCGGAGUCAAGCUGGCAUUCUUGCAUGAAGAUAAUAAAGCACCAGAGUCACAUCUA